AUGGCAUACAACCGCCCCUAUAAUCCGGACGAGCUGCCCAGGUUCGCCGAGCCGGAGCAGAAGGGCCCGAACAAGGCGCCUGCACCGCUACAGACCGCCGAAGACAAACGCCGACGCACUCCGGCACCGGUCGCGUCUCCAUCCAUGGUUUCGCCUAACCAGAACUUCCGUCCCCAACAGCCACACCCACACCAACACCUACAUCGGCAGUACACGUCUCCUCCACCGCAGCAGCAGCAGCAGCAGCAGCAGUACCGCCCACCGGCAGUAGCGCAACGUCCCAUGUCGCCGGCCGUCCCCCCGCGCGACCACUACUACAAUGAUCGGCCUGGGCCUUCACUGCCCAGCGGACCACGUGGCGGUGGCAAUACGUUGCCUCCGCCGCGAUCCCAGAUGCCGCCUCGCUUAGCGCCGCAGCCGCCUUCGCCAACGCCGACACCGGUCAUGUUCCAGACGGGCGAAACGAUGUCGCGCGAGCAGCUCAUACGGCUCUUCCGGGAUCUUGACAAGCAGGCAAAGGGAUUUGUCACUGAGGUGCAGUUGGCCGAGACGCUAGUCAACGGCGACGCCACCAAGUUCGAUCCCGUGACGGUGAACAUGAUGGUGCGCAUGUUUGACAGCAACCGCAACGGUGAGCUGGAGUUUGACGAGUUUGUCGGCCUCUGGCGCUUCCUCGAGAAGUGGUGCGACAUCUUCAACAAGUUCGACGCCGAUCACAGCGGCACCAUUUCGCUGUCCGAGUUCAAGGCUGCCCUCGUGUCCUUCCAGUACCGGCUCUCCGACAGCUUUGUCGAGUUUAUCUUCCUCAUGUACGACAAUGGACGCAAGGGCGUCAUCACCUUUGACAUCUUCAUGCAGUCGUGUAUCACGUUGAAGCGCAUGACGGACAUCUUCAAGAAAUAUGACGACGACCGAGACGGCUUCAUCAUUAUCAAUUUUGAGGACUUUGUCACAGAGUUUCUUCGGCAGCUUCAGAAAAUGACUGCGCCUCUCAACGAGAGGAAAAGCUCGCAGGCUCCCUAA